GCUUAUAGUAUUGAUCAGAUGCUGCCAUUAGGCUAAUAUGGAGGAAUUCAGUAAGGAUGGUCCCUCAGCAGCCAAAAAGACAAAAGUGACUACAGAGGAUAGUGAAGUCAACAAUGAAAAUAGCCAUGGAAGUGGAGGCUUUGCUCCAAGUGGUGAAGAAGAGACAAGCAAUGAGUUAUUUAACCAAGACACUGAACCUUAUGACAUAGAGAGCUGUGAAUCUAAUGAGAAUUUAUUUGGAGGAGGAGUAUCGAGUCCAACUGUCAAAGAUUCUGACAGCCCACUCAGAGAGGAAGCAGGAACACCUGUGGUGGAGAUAGAGGAAAAGCAAAAGUCUUUUCCUUCAAAGAUGAAGACUAUUGAGUCUGUCUUGCAGGAUGCCAAGUUAAUAACAAAUAUUGUGGAGGGUAUUGAUGUUGAUGCUGUGUAUGAAAAACUCAAAACCAGACGAGGAAAACCAAACAGAGUGGACUUGGUUAUAAAUGAAAUUUUGGAGAACAUUGAAAAGGUUAAGAAGGAGGGCAGUAAAGGCAAUUCAAAGGAAAACACAGCAAUUGUGGAGGAUCUGGUGAAAGUGAUUGACAAAGCCACAGCCAAUAUUUCAAGACUGCCCAUCACAGCAGGGGAAAUCCAGCAACUUUUGACUCAGCAUCAGGACAGACCAGAUAGAGUGGAUUAUGUUGUGAGCCAGGUAUUGGUAAAACAUUAUAAACCAUUACCCAAUCAAAAACAGGAAUAUGUGGAUGACAUGAUGAAAGUAUUGUCAGAUUUACCUAAUGCCGACCCAGAGCAUGUGUACAAACUUGUAGAGAAACAUGGUCAGGAGACAGACCGAGUUCAAAAGGUUAUUGAUUAUCUUCAGAAACAAAAAGACCCACAACAUUCUUUGCAAAAAGAAGCAUCUCUCCCAACAGAUCCUAAAUACCUUGAGGACCCUCUGUACAGAGAUAUGAGGAUUGUGUGUAAAGUGCUGCCUGAUAAAGAAGCAAAUGAAGUCUAUGAAUACUUGACAGCUCAUCAUGACAAGAAGGAUCGUCUCAAAGUGGUAAUAGAGGAGCUCAUGAAAUCUGGACAUUGUGACUCUCAGAGUUUUCCUCCCAGUGUGGACCAACAUUCAGCAGCUUUUUCAGAUGUUAUGGGUGUUGGAAGUAAUGGAACUUUGCCUAAAAACAUUCAAGAAGAGGUAGAUGAACUGAUGGAAAUAUUUCCAGAUUGUGAUCCAAAUUAUCUCUAUGAUGAACUUGAGGAACACUCAGAUGACAAAGAAAGACUUAAAAAUAUUGCCAUGAAAAUGUUUGAGCACAAAAAGUACCCAAGAUUGAAAGAUACAUUAGAGGAAAGAAAAAGGCGGGCUGAACACAACAAAAUUCAACAUCUUCAGUUUGAAAUGGAAUCAUUUCUUGUAAGAUUUCCUGACCCUUUGGGGACAUUUUUAAAUGUGGAACAAGAUAUGUCUAGUUCUUACAGGGAGCAUGCACUGCAGCAGCUCAGGAGAGAUUUUAGGCAGCUCAAAAAAUCAUUUAUCUUGAAAGCUCUUGAAAAAUACAAUUAUCAUUAUCAUUUGACGAAAAAAGAGAUUGAGAAGGAAUUAGAAAACACUCCUGUCAGGUCUAAGAAGUUUCGUAGAGAGCCCCUGCAAGAGGAAGAUUGUAGGAUGCCGGAGCAACCAGAGGAGUUCUUUUAUUAUGAGAAAUUGUUCUCCGAGAAUGAAGAGGAAAUCAAAAGAUAUCUCCAUGACAAGGAGCAAGUAUAUGAGCUCCGUCUUCAGGAAGCUAGGGACAAUGGAGAACUGAUGGAAUGUCAGUGCUGUUUUGAUGAGGAGUGUCUGUUUGAAGAUAUGGCUGCCUGUCCUGAUGGCCAUCUUUUCUGUAAAACUUGUAUCCGCAGAUCAGCUGAGGUGGUAAUUGGUCAAGGAAAGACUGAUUUCAAGUGUCUGACUGGGACAUGUUCCGAUAAUUUCUCACUAGCCACCCUACAGCAUAUUCUGCCUACCAGUGUGUUCUCCAUUGUUCUGAGGAAAAUGCAGGAAGAAGAAAUAAAGAAGGCAGAAAUCCCAGAUUUGGUCUCUUGUCCUUUUUGCAGUUUUGCAACCAUUAUGCCUGAUCAAAAUGAUAAAGUGUUCAAGUGCCUAAAUCCUGAGUGUCUAAAAGAGUCUUGCAGGUUAUGUAAUGAACCAAACCAUAUUCCUUUACGCUGUAAUGAGGUGGAGAAGCAGGGAGAAAUGAACAUGAGAACUUACAUUGAGGCUCGCCUGACGGAGGCCAUGAUCCGACGCUGUCAUGUCUGUCAAAAAGCAUUUGUUAAGGAGUUUGGCUGCAACAAGAUGACAUGUACCUGUGGGGCCACCAGUUGUUAUGUGUGCAGGGCUAAAGACAUCGACUAUGACCACUUUACAAAGGAAGAAUGUAACCAGGGUGACAUGAACAAGCUUCAUAGAGAGGAGAUGUUAAAAGCAGCAACAGAGGCUAGAGACAAAUAUAUCCAGGAUCACCCCGAGGCUGCUGAUAUCGAUCUGAAAUAUGAUCCCUUAAAACACAUAGAGGAGUUUGAAGGUUUGAAGGAAGGUGAAUAUGAUGGUGAUGAAGAUGAAGAAUAUGAUGAAGAGGAUUAAAAUUUUUGUAAAAUGUGCCAUUUUUUUAAUGUUUGAAAUGUAGAAAUUUCAUAUCAACAUUUAUCGUUUGAAGAGUGGGAGCGAAUACCGGUGCAUAUGUGCUUUAUUUCUAGAUAGAAAAAUUUUAUAUGGACAUACAUGUACAUGUAGAUGCAAGGAUCAUUUUGUACCACCUGAGUGAUGCAGUUGACCACUGGCAACCUGUUUCUUUCCAUUUUAGCAUGUUUUCAAUCUUUUUUUUUUUUAUCUUUAGCUUUGUUCCUGAAAACACUGUAUUAAUCUGUUUUAACUGUCUUCAAAUACAGAUAUGUAAUAUGAA